CUCGUCGGCAGGCAUCCAUCGUCCAUCCACUCGUUCGUCCACUUGUUUCCGUUCAUUGCAGCGAGAACGAGUGCUGGUUUAUUCGCAUUUAGAAGCUUAGUUUAGGUGCAUGUAUAAGCCCGGAUAGGUGGCUUGAGUGCAGUGCAUUUUUCGUUGCAGUUUAUCGAUUUAUUCUUUUUGGGUCUCUGUGAGCUUAGAUUGAAAGCCAGUCGAUUUGUAUCAGCUUUUUCGUCUGUUCACCUUCCUCGCCUUGUUUGACUACAACCAGACGGGUUCAGCAGCCGCCUGUGCUUUGCUCAACAAUUGAUCGUCUGCAGAGAGACCAAGCAAACAGACACAUACAUACAGUCGCGAUGGCAUCUACCUCACAUCAGCAGCAGCAGUCAUCGCAGCCGUCGCAUGGCCACCAGGGUUCGCUGGCGGACACGAUCCGCAACACGAUCAGACGGAUGUCGAUGGAUCUGUCUUCGGGCGGGUCGAACCGGACCAGUCGGUCGAUGCCGCACCAUCACCAUGAUUUCCACGAUCUCGGCAGCGACGACGUCGACGACGAGGCCAUGAUGGACGACGACGACGACAGCCACAACGAGAACCACCACAGCAGCAGCGCGGCAAAGAUCGUGCAUCACGCGCAGACGAUGCCGGGGAUGACGAGCGCGAAGGAGAAUUACGACAGCAGCCGGGAUCGCGAUGUGUCCUACAAAUCGUCGCAGCCCACGCAGCUGAGCUUUUCGGCCCCGCCGCUCACGCCGCUGACGUUGGACGGGUACAGAGAGCAGACGCGGGUGCGCUUACUGUCGCCUCAGCUGGCGGAGGAGAUUCGGCAUCUGCUCCCACUGCGUCUGCAGCUUUACGACACGUGGCGACUGUGCUACAGUCUCGAGCAGCACGGCGUGUCGCUGACGACGCUGUAUAAUUUGUGCGUGCCGCCUAGAGGCACCUCGCGGCCUGGGUACGUGUUGAUUGUCGAGGACAAGCACGGCGGCAUCUUUGGCGCGUAUCUGAAUGAGUAUCCGCAUCCGACCAAGAACGGACGGUACUAUGGCAACGGAGAGUGCUUUCUUUGGAAGAGCAAGGUGAUUCCGAACACGCCUUUGGCUAGCACUACAUCGCUUAGCGACACGGCCAGUAUUCGGUCUGUCAAUAUGCAGUUCAAGGCGUUUCCGUACACGGGAAUCAAUGACUAUAUGAUUUUGUGCGAUCCGGGGUUCAUUUCUGUUGGCGGCGGUGACGGAAAGUAUGGUAUAUACAUCGACGACCGGUUUGAGAAGGGAAUCUCAAACAGUUGCCCAGCGUUUGGAAACGAGCCGCUGAGCGACAGCGGGAUGAAGUUUGACAUUGUCGGCGUCGAGAUCUGGCGGAUUUCCAACAAAUAGACGGGAUGAGUGUGAUUUUGUUUAUAUGUUAUCUUAUAUUCUUUGUUUUGGUUAUGGAUGAUCGAUGGAGGAUGAUGGGUGGAUGCACGGGGCAGGAUCAUGUUGUCGUCAUGAUGUGGGAUCUACUUUCCUAGUGGGAUCUCUCGGUUACUUUUAUCCCUCUUCUUUUCUUUUACCUUCUCCUCUUCUUGUAAUUAUUGCUUUAUAUCGAAUGUGCAUUAUACAAUAGUCAGAUGAAGAUAAGGCAGCCUGAGCCGUUCGUGUGUUUGUCACC